AUGAAGGGCAAGGAGGAGGACGUGCGGCUCGGGGCGAACAAGUACUCGGAGCGUCAGCCCAUCGGCACGGCGGCGCAGGGGUCCGAGGACAAGGACUACAAGGAGCCCCCGCCGGCGCCGCUGUUCGAGCCCGGCGAGCUCAAGUCCUGGUCCUUCUACCGCGCCAGCAUCGCCGAGUUCAUGGCCACCUUCCUCUUCCUCUACGUCACCAUCCUCACCGUGAUGGGCUACAGCGGCGCCAUCUCCAAGUGCGCCACCGUCGGCAUCCAGGGCAUCGACUGGUCCUUCGGCGGCAUGAUCUUCGCCCUCGUCUGCUGCACCGCCGGCAUCUCCGGCAGGCACAUCAACCCGGCGGUGACCUUCGGGUUGUUCCUGGCGAGGAAGCUGUCGCUGACCAGGGCGGUGUUCUACAUCAUCAUCAUGCAGUGCCUAGGCGCCAUCUGCGGCGCCGGCGUGGUGAAGGGGUUCCAGUAG